UUGACUCUUGCAUUAUAUCAAAAGACUACCUAUUAGUAAUUUCAUGUCACCUUUCAAAUAAUAAUAUAUUAAUAAUUUUGUAUAUGUUGGAGAGGAAAUUGAAUUAGGUUUCUCAAAAAUUUCAUUUUUGUUAUUAUGGCUAGAAUUCUAAAACCAUCCAAGUGGUUCGCUAACAAAUUAGGUCUCAAGCUUAUUAGAUCAAGAUCUUCAAAUUCAUCAUCAUUAUGCUCUCCAAGAUCUCCAAUUUCACUGUCCACCACACCAAAAACUAACACCAAUGAAGAUGAAAAAGGAUUAAGAGAGGUUUUUAAGUACUUUGAUGGUGAUGGAGAUGGAAAAAUUUCAGCCUAUGAAUUAAGGUCAUAUUUUGGUUCAAUUGGUGAGCACAUGUCUCAUGAGGAAGCUGAAAGGGUGAUAAAUUACCUCGACGGCGACGGCGACAACUUGUUGGAUUUCAAUGAUUUUAUUAAGUUGAUGAAAGGUGAAGGAGGAAGAGAUGAUGAUAAAGAUUUAAGAAAGGCUUUUGAGAUGUUUGUGUGGGAGGAGAAAGAAGGUUGUAUUACUCCAAAAGGGUUGCAAAGGAUGUUGCAACGUCUUGGAGAUGAUAGGUCUUAUGAAGAGUGUGUGGUUAUGAUUGAUGCAUUUGAUAUUGAUCAUAAUGGGGUUCUUGAUUUCAACGAGUUUCAUCAAAUGAUGGCUUAAUUAAUAAUAUUAAUCCUUAGUUAAAUGAAUCUUCUUUGUAAAUGUUGAUAUUCCAAACGAAAUAUGGAAUAUAUAAAUGUGUAAAAAUAUACAUUGUCAAGAGUGAGUGUGAGUUAGUCAAAAAAGAAAAGGAAUGAGUGAGAGUUUGCUAGAUUAUUAAGAUUCGUGUAUGUUUUUUAAUUUCAUCAACAUACUUAAAAAAAUAUAUAUAUAUAUCAUAACCGCUUUUUGAGA